UGGAAGAACCCUAAGGCGGCUCCGGGUGCUACCUACUGUCCCACGGGGGUGGAGAAGAUUGCAAACUGCAUCACUCACCUGCCGUGGGUUCCACUAAGCGUGAUGGGUGCUCUGCGGCUCAUCUCAAAGGCUAAAACCCCGUCUGAACUGGCCGUUGCUACUGUCUACGGCAUUGCCCUUGUCCUCCUCUUCAGCGCCUCCUCUGCCUUCCACUGUUCCUCACUGUUUCCACCCUGGUGA